AGCCUACGCUGCAGCUGGUACCCUGGUGUCCCAGCCUGCCACCGACUACCAAACCGCAGACAUGCAGGGAGCCCGGGUGCUGCUGCUGCUGCUGAGCCUGAGGCUACAGCUGGCCCAUGGUGUCAUCCCAGUGGAGGAGGAGAGUCCAGCCUUCUGGAACCAGAAAGCUGCUGAGGCCCUGGAUGCCGCCAAGAAGCUGAAGCCCAUUCAGACCUCAGCCAAGAACCUCAUCAUCUUCCUGGGAGACGGGAUGGGCGUGCCCACAGUGACAGCCACCCGGAUCCUAAAGGGACAGAAGCAAGGCAAGCUGGGACCCGAGACACCCCUGGCCAUGGACCACUUCCCAUAUAUGGCUCUGUCCAAGACAUACAACGUGGACAGACAGGUGCCAGACAGCGCUGGCACAGCCACAGCCUACCUGUGUGGGGUCAAGGCCAACUACAAAACCAUUGGCUUGAGCGCAGCCGCCCGCCUUAACCAGUGCAACACAACACGAGGCAACGAGGUCAUGUCUGUGAUGUACCGGGCCAAGCAAGCAGGGAAGUCCGUGGGAGUGGUGACCACCACCACGGUGCAGCAUGCCUCGCCAGCUGGCACAUAUGCACACACGGUGAACCGCAACUGGUACUCAGAUGCAGACAUGCCAGCCUCGGCGCUGCAGGAGGGCUGCCAGGACAUCGCCAUGCAGCUCAUCUCCAAUAUGGACAUUGACGUGAUCCUCGGCGGGGGCAGAAAGUUCAUGUUUCCCAAGGGCACCCCAGACCCCGAGUACCCAAGUGACACCACCCAGAAUGGAACCAGGCUGGAUGGACGCAACCUGGUGCAGGAGUGGCUGGCAAAGCCCCAGGGGACUCGGUAUGUGUGGAACCGCGAGCAGCUCAUUCAGGCGUCCCAGGACCCAGCAGUGACGCACCUCAUGGGCCUCUUCGAGCCUCAACACUUGAAAUAUGAAAUCAACAGGGAUCCAGCGCAGGACCCCUCCCUGGAGGAGAUGACAGAGGUGGCCCUGGGUCUGCUGAGCAGGAACCCCCGCGGCUUCUACCUCUUCGUGGAAGGGGGCCGCAUCGACCACGGGCACCACGCGGGAACCGCUUUCCUGGCCCUGACCGAGGCGGUCAUGUUCGACUCUGCCAUCGACAAGGCCGGCCAGCUCACCAGCGACCAGGACACGCUGACCCUCGUCACCGCCGACCACUCGCACGUCUUCUCCUUUGGCGGCUACACGCUGCGGGGCAGCUCCAUCUUCGGGCUGGCCCCGCUCAAGGCCCAGGACGGCAAGUCGUACACGUCCAUCCUGUAUGGCAAUGGCCCCGGCUACGUGCAGAACUCUACGUGCAACCGACCAGACGUCACGGAGGAUGAGAUCCGUGCCCGCACCUACAAGCAGCAGGCAGCUGUGCCUCUGUCAUCGGAGACGCACGGAGGCGAGGACGUGGCGGUGUUCGCUCGUGGCCCGAAGGCGCACCUGGUGCACGGGGUGCAGGAGCAGAACUACAUCGCGCACGUCAUGGCCUUCGCCGCCUGCCUGGAGCCCUAUGAGGCCUGCGACCUGGCCUCCCCGACCCUCCAGAGCACCCCUGGGGGUUCCAGCUCUGCUGCAGCCUCAUUGUCGCUGACGCUGCUGCUUGAGACGCUGCUGCUGCUGCUGUGGGCAUUCGCCCAGCCCUGACCACAGGAUCUCAGGGUGCUCCACUGUGCUCCUGAUUGUCCCUGGUUUCACCUCAGGUCCCCACCACUGGCUCCUGCUUCCAGUGCCUGGUGCUUCCUGUGCCUCUAUGUGGGGACUCCAGCCCAGUGCCACACUCCAAGCUGUCACCUCCAGAACCACCACAGGGCUUUUCCCAUGGUGCCUUCACCUCUGGGAGAAGCAGCCUCAGGAUGCUCAGCACUUCUAAACUAGAUGUCCCUUGCAGAGGGACCAUAGUGCUUCCCAGAGGCUAAUACCAUGACACUCACAUCUCUCCAGGUUGCUCUGGGACUCUGCUUCCUGACUUCAACUGCCUACGCUCCAGAGAAGCAGAGGAUGCAGAAGGGCCACUCCACAGAACCUGCAGCCUUGGGGAAUACCAUGAAGGCACUUUUCCAGAGGCGUCCCCACCAAGCCACU